AUGAACGGGGUUGGUAGGUGUCCUACUCAGGCAGCAGACCCUGCCGAGCCGUCUAUGAUUGCACAGCCUAAUCCUCAAGACGGCAAGGGGUACAAAUCUGGCACGGUGAUCGGCGGCGGGCAUACUCAUGAGGGAAGCGUGUGCGCCGCUCGACGAGAACUACAGCAGGUGCAGGGUCUGGCAGCGACUGCGAGAAUCUUCCCUCAACGACUCACAUCUUCCUCCCCUCCGACUUAUGAGCUCAAGCACAGCGUCACGAUAAUGACAAGACCGAUUUGGCUGUGGCAGACGGCACUGCCCGCGUUGAGCAUGGCCCAGACAUUCAAUAUGUGGCCGUUGGUGGACACUGCAUUCAUGGCGAAUGCUCUGAACGUCUCGCAAACAUGCGUGACUGCCCUGUGGGAACGCCACAGUGGGCUGCGACCCGACGACCUUCCGCAUGGCAGGUCAGAUCGAUCUUUACUUCUGGGAGAACGACAACAUCACUACGCUGUGCACAUCGGACUGUACGUUCGGACAGACGCGGCUAAGCAGCGCAAGUAUUCUGUUGACACCUCCUCAGGUAUGACUUCAGCUACCACGUGGAUUAACGAUGUCUAUGACAACUGUGAUCCCACGGACGCCAUCUACGUUGACACGAAACUUGUCCCCAUCGAUACCGUCGCUGUCCGCUACACAGACGGUCUUGGCCUAGCAUGUCUGACAGACCAGUAG